AUGGCCACCACCGGGGCCCUGGGCAACUACUAUGUGGACUCCUUCCUCCUGGGCACCGACGCUGCCGACGAGUUGGGUGCGGGACGCUACGCUCCAGGGGCCCUGGGCCAACCCCCAAGACAGGCGGCAGCGCUGGCUGAACACCCUGACUUCAGCCCUUGCAGCUUCCAGUCUAAGGCGGCUGUGUUUGGUGCCUCGUGGAACCCAGUGCACGCGGCGGGCGCCAAUGCUGUCCCUGCUGCGGUGUACCACCACCACCACCACCCCUACGUGCACCCCCAGGCGCCCGUGGCGGCGGCGGCGCCGGACGGCAGGUAUAUGCGCUCCUGGCUGGAGCCCACGCCCGGUGCGCUCUCCUUCGCGGGCUUACCCUCCAGCCGGCCUUAUGGCAUUAAACCUGAACCGCUGUCGGCCAGAAGGGGUGACUGUCCCACGCUUGACACUCACAGUUUGUCCCUGACUGACUAUGCUUGUGGUUCUCCUCCAGUUGAUAGAGAAAAACAACCCAGCGAAGGCGCCUUCUCAGAAAACAAUGCCGAGAAUGAGAGCGGCGGAGACAAGCCCCCCAUCGAUCCCAAUAACCCGGCUGCCAACUGGCUCCAUGCUCGCUCCACUCGGAAGAAGCGAUGCCCCUACACAAAACACCAGACGCUGGAACUGGAGAAGGAGUUUCUGUUCAACAUGUACCUCACACGGGACCGCAGGUACGAGGUGGCCCGGCUGCUGAACCUCACUGAAAGGCAGGUCAAGAUCUGGUUCCAGAACCGCAGGAUGAAAAUGAAGAAGAUCAACAAGGACCGGGCAAAAGACGAGUGA